AUGCCUGCCCCUGCCGUAGGAAUCGACCUCGGAACCACCUACUCUUGUGUUGGGGUUUUCCAACAUGGAAAGGUUGAAAUUAUCGCUAAUGAUCAAGGAAAUCGAACUACCCCAAGUUAUGUCGCUUUCACCGACUCUGAAAGACUCAUUGGCGAUCCAGCGAAGAAUCAGGUCGCUCUCAAUCCGUCAAAUACGGUUUUUGGUGAGUUGCUUUGUAAAUUAAUUUUGAGAGAACUUAAACAAAAUUUCUUUCUUUUACCCUUUUGCUGUGAAACAGAAUUAAAACACGUUCAAAGAGAUGUUUUGUGCUCUCGAGCCCAAGCGCUUCGAUUUGCUGACGAAACUAACUUAUUUAUUUCAGAUGCAAAGCGUUUAAUCGGAAGAAAAUUUGAGGAGACCUCUGUCCAAAGCGAUAUGAAACACUGGCCGUUUAAGGUGAGUUAAAUCUUGCAAAAGGUUGUACGACGAGGUGAAAGCAAAGAGCGCUCGCAUGCAGGCUGGUGGCGAAAGGGUGCAGUUGGAGAAUUCGGUGCGGUUUUGUCCCGAGCUUCGCCACGAUUUUUUGGUGUUUCUUUUUAACGCUUGAUACUCUUUGUAAUCAAAGAAAACCGUUUAAAAGUGGUUUAGUUUUAUUGAAAAUUUAUGUACUGCGACUGGUAAACUAUAAAUUUACGUGUUUGGAUGUCGAUGGCGAGGAUGGAAACGGAUUGCAACUUCGAAAAAAAAAUUGGGCCAACUUUUAAACUUCUGUGUCAUUGAAAACGUGACCUAAAGCCGAUCAUACUUUGUGUUCCCCGGACAAAAUCAUCUGACAUCUUUCUUUUUAGAGUUGCAUAACAAGUAUGAAAAAAGAUGACAGAGAAUACUUAGUUCUAGAAAAUUGUUCUAGAAAAUACAGUGCAGUUUUGAUUCCUGCCCCGGGGGCCCCACUCACAUAUUUUAAUGACGGGGGGGUCCGAAGGAUUUUUUUGGGUCUGACAUUUCGGCCAAAAGGGAUUUUUUUGGGUCUAUAAGGGACGCCGGGAUUUUUUUGGGUCGCGAAAACAACAGAGGGAUUUUUUGGGGUAUUGUAUUUUUCAUCAGCUCAAAUCAAAAAUAACAUAAGCACAAUUUAUAGUUUUGUUUUUGACCAAAGCCAAAGAUGAAGUUGGCAUGUUUUAGCUUUCCGGAAGUUAAAUAAUAAAAUUUGCUGGUGCAAAAACACUGAGGGAUUUUUUGGGCAAUGCUAAAAAAAGUAGGGAUUUUUUUGGGUAGACAAAUUUUGAAGUUGGGAUUUUUUUUGGGUAUAAAAUAUGAACCUCUGUCGGACCCCCCCAUCAUUGAAAUAUGUGAGUGGGGCCCCUGGGAUUCCUGCUCUAUGGCUUAUUUGUUUGGAUGAGAGAUCUUCAUUUUUUUAGCUUUCUGUUUAGUCUUGCAGUCGACUCUCUCUUAACGGACACCUCUAUAAGAUGGACACCUCCCUAAGACGGACACCUAGAGUACUGUUGGUUCCUGCCUUUCUCUACUCCCUUUAUUUGACUCUCUACAAGAUGGACAUCUCUCUAAGACAGACACUUAUUGCCGGUCCCAAAGGUGUCCGUCUUAGAUUGAGUUGACUGUAUACAUGUAUUUAUAUAAAAAUAUCUCGUGCUUCAAAUCCCCAUAAAUAUGGUUGGUCAUUUUGUUUUCUAUUUCAGGUGAUUAGUGAGGGGGGAAGACCCAAAAUUCAAGUUGAACACAAAGGAGAAACUAAAACAUUCUAUGCUGAAGAAGUAAGUUGAAGCAUUUAUCUUGGUGACCAUGUUUUUUUAACUCCAUUUUCACCACAAGAUACUGAAUUGUUGAAAUACUUGAUCCUUUCUUUAGCGCAAGUUUUAAAGAGAAGAAUGCUCUGCAUUAUUUCUAAUAGUUAACAUCCUUUUUUUCUGUGGUACAGAUUUCCUCUAUGGUUUUGACCAAAAUGAAGGAAACAGCAGAAGCUUAUCUUGGGGAUAAAGUUACCGAUGCUGUUAUCACCGUACCGGCCUAUUUCAAUGAUUCACAGAGACAAGCUACCAAAGAUGCUGGUAUGUAAGCUUAUUUUUGAAUCAAAACAGUGCAAUACUGGUCUUGAAAGGGUUAACCAUUAGUUAUCUGGCUAUGGUUGUUCAAAUGCUGGAAAGUGCCAUUCACCGUAUAAAUUACUGUGCAAUGGAUAAAUACUAAGAAAAACCAAUUGCCCUAUCCAGUGGAUAGUGUUAUUAUUCACCUUUCAAACAAUAAUUUGGGUCCUGUAUUAUAAACCUCGAUAUAACAAAUAAAUGUCAAUAUGUGACUGAAAGAUAGCUAUAGGUGAAUGAGAAACAGGCCAACAAAGAUAAUAUUUUUGUACAGUAGUUUCAAGCAGUCUUGUUUGCCUGUUCUUGUGUUUCUAGGGUCAUAGCCAUGUAAAGCUCAGAACUGAGACAAUAGCUUUGUAUACAAAAUGUUUAUUACAGAACCUGUUCAUAUCUGGAAAUGCUGGGCUUUGGAAUAGUACGAAAUAUUCCAAUUUCCUUAAAAGGACCCUAUUAUUAAAAGAAAAUCGCGUCUAGUAGAAAAUUUUGGUGAUAUUUUUUACUGAAAUUUCUGGUAUCGAUUUUAUUGAUAUAAUAAAUAUGCGGGAGAAAUUUAAGAAAAAUCAUUAGAGCAGAAGUCCCUAACUAAAAGUCACUCAAAAAUCAGCUGUGAAAUUGUUUUGGAAUUUCAAAAAUAAAUUACUAGUAGCUAGAAGAAGCCACCAGUUCGAAAUUUUCAGACAAGUAAAUUCAACGUUUGCUAAUUCUUAAAACAAAAGCCAAUUGCCUAUCAUGCUAUUCUUUAAAAGGUACUUUUUAGUUUUAGAAGCACUAUAAAUGGCUCCAAACCUUGUUCUAAUGUCGAAUGACUUAAUCCUCGACAUUUUUAAAAUAUCCCUAGGCAUCUCCUGCCACAUACAUUUUGACCUAUUGCAAUGCAUCCUCAACGGCUUUUCAAAAGAACUCUAAAAGCGCUGGCUGCAGAAGUCUCAAAUUUUGGUUGCAGUGGAAAGCCCUUUGACAGCGAUAAACAGCACUUUUGCAGUGGUGCAGAAAAUUCACGAAUCACGAUCUGCGCUGCAAAGAGACUGCAAAGUGGCUUCGAAAAGACAAAGAAUGUUGUUACCGGUAAUGGCCUACCACUCAUUAGUGCAAAAAAAAAGAAAUGCAGGUUCCAAUAAUACAAUAAUCAUGAUACAUGGUAGUGGAGUUUACAAGUCCUUAGUAGUAGAGUAAAAACCACUAGAAAGUCAAAAUGCAACUGAUACUUUAUCAGUAUACAUGUGCACACAAAAGCAUGUGGCAUCCUGUACGAAACUUGCAGCGCUGUACAGCGCCACAAAAUCGCUUCAAAAUAGCUGUACAGCUAAAUUACAGCUGUUCAGCAGCCUUUUAGAAGCCAAACAGCAGCUUCAUUUAAGUUGUAGCGGGAUGCAAAAGCGCUGUGCAGCUGUUGACGGCUCUUUGAAGCUCUCGGCAGCGGUUUUGCAGCGCAGUUGCCGACUUUCAAAUGCUGCGAAGUAGCUGCAGUAACGCUACAAUUCAGCUGCGGUCGAUGUGACUUUCUUGAGCGCCAAUAACAUGAAUCGCCAGAUAAAGCCUUGGCACAGAUUGCAGCUUUUAUAACGUGAAAACUUAAGAAGUGUGAGUAAGCUUGUGCGCAAGGAAGAUCACUUAUUGAAUAAACCUCCAAAUUCUAUGCUUUCGGAAUAAAGAUAUCAAUAAAUUUCAUUCCGUGACCGGCGAGUGUGGGAAUGUUAUUGCUAAUUCCCUGGAGACAUUCUAGGCCGUAAUCUAAUUGGUCGGUCCUUUUGCAUGAGAUCCCAUUACAUCUCUAGACAAACACAUGAUCGCCCAAACAUUUGCGACCGUUGAAUGAAAUGCGCAAACAUUCUAAGUUUUUUUGCAUCUAGUUCUGUUUCGAGAUGGAAGUUCUGUUAAAGGUUUUGGAUGGAACAGCUCAAACGUAUUUGCAAACAAUGCACUGAACAGUGACUUCUACGCUAAAUAUCGACGAAUCAAACCAGAGCAAGCAACACAGAUACGAGAAUCUCAGAUGGGGUUCGCACUUACAAGAUUCUUAUACGCUCGUGGUAAUGUUCGUUCCUUAGUCCAUUGUAAAAUUUAACGACAACCAAAGUAAAAUUGGGUUAAUUUUUUUCAAAAAAAGUGUAGAAGCUCAUGGAUCAUGGACAAAACGUCAAGGUGAGCAAUGUCCAGCUUAGCCCGUUGUAACGAAUCAAAAUAUCAUUUGGCUGCUGUCCAUGUAAACUUUAUGUAGAACAAUCGCUGUUAUUCUCUUUAUUUUUAAAAAAGAUAAUUUUCAAUGUCUGCAUGUUAAUGCAUAUUCUUACAUUCAGAUGAGUGACCGUGAUUGCUAAAUAUUUACAAAGCGAGAUUGCUGCAGGUUUGUUCUAUGUCAGGUGCUUUUGUAACGUGUACGCAUGGAUACUAAUAAAGUAUAAGUUGCAUUUUGACUUUCUAGUGGUUUUUACUCUGUUACUAAGGCCUUGUCAACUCCUCUACCAUGUAGCAUGAUUAUUGUAUUAUUGGAGCCUGCAUUUCUUUUUUUUGUACUAGCGAGUGGUAGGCCAUUACCAGUAACAACAUUCUUUGUCUUUUCGAAGACACUUUGCAGCCACUUUGCAGCGCAGAUUGUGACUCGGGAGUUUUCUGCACCGCUGCAAAAGCGCUGUUUAUCGCUGUCGAAGGGCUUUCCACUGCAGCCAAAAUUUGCAGCUGCUGCAGCCCAGCGCUUUUACAGCUCUUUUGUAGCGCUUCUUGAAGCCAUUCUGCAGCGCUGCAGCAACGCUAGCCCUGCUCGUUUCGUACGGGAUAUCACAAAUCUGCAACAGUCUCGCUUUGUAAAUAUUUAGCACAGUCACUAAUGUAAAUGUAAGAACAGCCAUUAACAUGCAGACAGUGAAAAUUAUCUUUUUAAAAAAUAAAGAUUAACAGCGAUUGUUCUACAUAAAGUUUACACGAACAGCAGCCAAAUGAUAUUUUGAUUCAUUGCAACGGGCUAAGCUGGACAUCUCUCACCUUGAUGUUUUGUCCAUGAUCGUCUUUGACACUUUUUUUCAUGAGAGAAAUCAACCCACUUUUACUUUGGUCAUCGUUAAAUUUUACAAUGGACUAAGAAACGUACAUUACCAUGAACGUAUAAAAAUCUUAAACGUUAAGUGCAAACCCCAGCUGAGAUUCUUGUAUCUGUGUUGCUUGCUCUGGUUGGAUUCGUCGAUACUUAGUGUAGCUAUGAUGCCCAUGUCUGGGAACUGGUCUGUACAUGCAUGUACUGUAGAUCAAAACAAAAUAAUCAAGAAAAAACUACCUAUUCAUUGAAGGAAGGAGUGACAAAAAUUUCAGAGUUGUAAAUUUAUUCACGGGCAGUAUUUUUGGGGUAAUUUUAUUUUGCACCGUAAUGUAAUUCAGUUCACAGGCAUGGGCAUCAUUGUAGUUCAUCCCCCCUGGGUUAGGUGUGAAUUCUUCGCAGAACUGCUACUUGUGCUCAUUUUGUAGUCAAAAACAAAGGUGCUGGACAAUUCUAUCUGAGCUCUGAUAUAAGGUAGCAUCCAAUCGCAAUACCUUUUUCCUGAGUUGGAAGCAACGAACAGCAGUAAAAGUCAUUGAAAAUGCAUUGCAAUACAUCAAUGUAUGCAGCAGGAGUUUGAGCCAAAACUGCUAAGGGAUAUUUCAAAAAUGUCAAGGAACAAGUCGUUCUACUGUAUGGCAAGGUUUGGAGCCAUUUAUAGUGGUUCUAAAACUAAAAAGUACCUUGUAAAGAAUUGCAUGAUAGGCAAUCAGCUUUUGUUUUAAGAACUAACAAACAUUGAAUUUACUUGUGCCGAAACUUCAAACUGGUAUCUCCUUCUACCUGAUAGUAAUUUAUUUUUGAAAUUCCAAAACAAUUUCACAGCUGAUUUUUGAGCGACUUUUAGUUAUGGACUUCUGCUCCAACGAUUUUUCUGAAAUUGCUCUGGCAUAUUUAUUAUACCAAUUGACCACUCUAGUAUAUACCACAACAUACCAUAAUGCUCUUUGUUUGUGGCCCCAAAAUUUUGCAUAAGCAUUGUCUUCAGUUUCUCUUGGGAAACAAUGCUUAAAUGCAAAAUUUUGGGGUGACAAACAAAGAGCAUUAUGGUAUUUCUGGACUGGUAAAUUAAAGCCGAUACAAGAAAUUUCAGUAAAAAAUAUCAGUAGUAUUUUUUACUAGACGUGAUUUUCUUUGAACAGUAGGGUCCUUUUAAGCGCCAAUUUAGUAACAUGUAUUUACCAUCGAUGAAAUUGAAAUAUUUCAUAUGAUUGCCGAACGGUGUCUGUUGUUAUUUUCAAAGUUUCUCAGCCAUUGCGUUAAAAACGGAAAAGUUAUGACAAAAACUUGGUCACAGCUAAGUGCGCUUGUAUUAAUGACGGAGCAAGCUUAAGAUACAGUAUAAUAUCUGGGCUGCCUCUACUGCUGUCAAGUGUCUUGACCUGAUAGAAAAUGCCGGUGUUCUGAUAACAAGCAGUUCUCCUGCCAAACAGUAUUUUGUUACUAAAUGAACAUAGAAUCAAAAGAACCACCUUGUUGUUGUUUACUUCCCUGCCUGCAAAUUGUUUAUACUGUCGUCAGCAACUUGAAAUGUUUGUGACUUCCCUGCAUUCUAUCAAAAGUGUUGUAUUUUUCUUGUAGCAUGAUAGGAUUCUGUGACUGACAUAGUGGUGUCUUUUUUUUUUCAGGAAUAAUUGCUGGUCUCAAUGUUCUUCGUAUAAUUAAUGAACCCACAGCUGCAGCCAUUGCUUAUGGACUGGACAAGAAAAGUGGUGGUGAGAAGAAUGUGCUCAUUUUUGACCUGGGUGGUGGUACCUUUGAUGUUUCUGUUCUCACCAUCGAGGAUGGCAUCUUUGAGGUCAAGGCAACUCAAGGAGAUACGCAUCUUGGAGGUGAAGAUUUCGACAAUCGCAUGGUUGACCACUUGAUGAAGGAAUUUAAGAAGAAAAACAAGAAAGAUAUCUCUGGCAACAAGCGGGCAAUGCGUCGUCUGCGAACAGCCUGUGAAAGGGCCAAGAGGACCCUGUCUUCAAGUCAUCAAGCAAGUAUUGAGAUCGACUCACUCUUUGAGGGCAUUGACUUUUAUGUCUCAAUAAGCCGUCCGAAAUUUGAGGAACUAAAUGCUGACUUGUUCCGUGGUACUUUGACACCAGUAGAGAAGGCGCUGAAGGAUGGAAAGUUCCAAAAGAGCGAAAUCCAUGAAGUUGUCCUUGUUGGAGGGUCGACUCGCAUUCCAAAAAUCCAAGAGCAAUUGAGUGAUUUCUUUGAUAAGAGGGACUUGAACAAGAGCAUCAAUCCUGAUGAGGCUGUAGCUUAUGGUGCGGCCGUACAGGCAGCUAUCCUGAAAGGAGACAAACAUGAAGCUGUGUCAGACCUCCUUCUCUUGGAUGUGGCUCCCUUGUCCCUUGGAAUCGAGACAGCUGGUGGUGUUAUGACACCACUUAUCAAACGCAACACUACGAUUCCAACAAAGAAGAGUGAAACUUUCACCACAUACUCUGACAACCAACCCGCUGUGUUGAUCCAGGUUUAUGAAGGUGAGCGAGGCAUGACAAGGGACAAUCAUCAUCUUGGAAAGUUUGAGCUGACCGGCAUCCCUCCGGCUCCACGUGGUGUACCACAGAUUGAAGUCACAUUUGAUGUUGAUGCCAAUGGAAUCAUGAAUGUUUCUGCCAAAGAUAAAAGCACUGGAAAAGAGAACAAGAUUGUCAUCACAAAUGACAAAGGUCGUCUGUCCAAAGAAGAAAUUGACCGCAUGGUCAGCGAUGCAGAGAAGUUUAAGGCAGAUGAUGACAAGGUGAGGGAAAAGGUUCAAGCCAAGAACAGUCUGGAGAGCUAUGCCUACAGUAUGAAGAGCACAAUUGAGGAUGACAAAGUGAAAGACAAGAUCAGUGAAGAAGACAAGACAGCCAUUGCAGAUAAAUGCAAAGAAGUGAUUGAAUGGCUGGACCAAAAUCCAUCUGGUGAAAAAGAAGAUUAUGAAGCUAAACAGAAGGAGCUAGAGAAGGUUUGCAACCCUAUUAUCACCAAGCUUUACCAGGGUGCUGGCGGUGCUGGUGGAAUGCCAGGUGGAGCACCUGGUGGUAUGCCUACUGGAGGGUUUCCAGGUGCAGCUCAGCCUGGUAGCGCAGGCCAAGAAUCUUCUGGUCCCACCAUCGAAGAAGUUGAUUAA